AUGCCUCGUCCUCUUGUCCUGCUCUGCGCUCUUGCGCUCAUCUCCACAUUCGCUGAGGAUGCAAGAAAAUUCCGAAGAUGUGACCAGGGCUCUUUCUGCCGUCGAUUCCGCAAAUGGAUCGAUAGGGCGCGAAGUUGCCAGCCCGGUGAGUGGCAAGGUCCUUGGUACAUCGAUACCGGGGUUACAAGGCCGACCAACACUCAGCCUUUGAGGCUUGAUCUCCAUAAUAGAUACGCGCCCACGACAGUGCUCCAGUUGCAUUUGCAACUCCAUACAGAUGUUGUUGGUCGAUGCGGUAUUGUCCGCGUCUCGGUCGAUGAGAAGGACCUUAUUCAUCCCAGGUAUCGAAUACCAGACAACGACGUGGUCCUGGAUGAUACUUUACCGAUUAUACCAUGGGCAGACAUUGAGUAUGAGAAAAACGAUGAAGGCAUUACCCUCAGUGUAACGACAGAUCCCCGACAUCAUUGUAGAGUUCGAGUCGACUUCGAUCCCUUCAAAAUUGAUGUGUAG